UCACCCGCCCAGGUCUCCAUGGCGACGUUAAAGCCUUUGCUAAUGUUGAGAGGAGAAUGAGGAGGUCUGUGUAACGGAUACCGGGAGUCGGUAGUCGUAUCUGGCGUCGGGACCCGGGCACACGAGCUGGCUUUCCUUUAAAGAGAGCAGAGGGUAACCUGAGGUGUGUAUCGAGCAGAAUGUGUAACGGGUUAAUGGCAGUCACGGGCAGUUUGGACUGUAACCAUAGCAACCGCCGUUCGCGACAACUAAAUCUUCUUAGGAAAGAAAAGCAUACUUGAAAAGAGAAAUGAGUGAAAAGGAGGGAGCUGAUUCUGUUGAGGCUCAAGAGUAUGAAGAUGAUUUUGAGAAAGAUCUUGACUGGCUAAUAAACGAGGAUAAUGAGGCUGACGGAGAUGCACAGAAUCAAAAUGAUGAAGAACAGGCCAAUGAUUUAAGAUCGGACACCAAUGAAUUAGUGAAUAAAGAAAAUGGCAGUGAUAACUCUUACAGUGGAGAUAAGAGCCCUUCUUCAGAUGACGCUCAUGGUGAACCUAAUGAGAUCAGUAACCAUUUACUUGAAAAUUUGACAGAAUAUGAAGAGAAUGAUAUUGACGAUGAAGAAGCUAAACGAUAUAUAGCAGAGAAGAUUGAAGAAGCCAACAAGCAGCUGGAAAAGGAAACAAUAGAUGAAAAGCGUGAGAGAAAACUUAAAUUCAAGGACAAUUUGGUAGACUUGGAAGUCCCACCACUGGAAUAUGCUGAAACUGAUAGAAAUGAAAGCUGUGACGAAGAUGUUGUUGACAGUUUAUCGCGAUUACAUUUUUCUGAUGUUUCGCAGAAAGAAAAUCAUCACAUUGAGAGCAGAGACACAGAAAAGGAGAAGAAGAAUCAGAAAUUUUUAGUGGAGAAAGAUGGGAAGUUUGAGCUUCUAAAUUUAAGUGACAUGGAAAGCCAGCACUUUCUACCACCCAUAAAUAAUGAAAGGGAACAUUCCAAGUCUCCACCUUCAACCAUGUUUGGUACUAGUGAAAGGGAUAUACUGAACCAGAAUGAUAACAGCGCCGAUGAAAUUUUUUACCCCAAACCACCUUCUCAACCUAAGGCCCGUCCCAGCUCUGCGGCUAAUACAGUAAAUUCCGCCCAUAAAGUAAAAUCACCACGUCGAGUGCAGUCUGCAAGUUUGCCACCUAGAAACACUACCUACAGCUUGUCCCCGGAGCAAAAGCAGCUGCAGAAGAGGAUUCAAGAAAGGCAAGAAAAACUUAAGAAAGAAGAAGAAGAACGCAGGAAAGCCGAAGAAGAAAAUAAAAAGAAAGAAAAUGAAAUAGCCUUCAAAUCUUGGCUGCUUAAGAAAAAAGAUCAUCUGCUUGAAGAAAGGAGAAUUCAGCAAGCUAAGCAAUUAGAAAAUACAAACACUCCAGAUGAGGAUAGAGAUCCAGGUGAAGCAUAUAGACUGUGGCUCAGGAAAAAGCACAAGGAUCAUUUGAAAGAAAAAAAGAUGGAUGAGCUAAAGAAACUAGAAGCUGCUAUGUACAUACAUGAAAGGGAUGAAUGUGAGAGGGCGUUUGCAGAGUGGUUGAGAAGGAAGAGAAUGCAAAAACGUGCUGAACAUCAAGCAGCCAAAGAAAGAUCUAGAAGACUUCUAAUAGAAGCCAGAAGAAUAAAGCACAUGCACAAUUUACUGUACAACAUAUCUGAUUCCAAAACUUUUCGUUAUGUUGACAGUUACAGUUAAAAAAAUCAUUUAGAUUCAACAUCAAAAUAACACUUCCUUCAAAAGCAGUGUUACUCUUAAAUUACAAAAAAAAAAUUUUCAAUGAAUCCCUAUAUAUUGAAAUAUAUUUGUAAGGUCAUCACUAUGAAGACUCACUAUAUAGGCAGUAUCUUGUUGCGAGUAGAGUGUCAAACACAUUAUUUGAGGGCCACAAGCCAACCAAAAACAGUGCUGACAAUCCUGAAAAAAACAAGAGGGGUUACAAAUAAAAAGUGACUC